CGCUCCCCGUUGUUAACAGCGAAUGGUCUCGUCACGACAGACGCACAGCAUUCUGGUACUGCCUUCAGAAAGCUGCUCCAAAAUGUCGAUUGCGGUUCUUUCGUCCUUGGGUCGCUGUGGCUUUUUGGCUUUUCGUUCUCCAGUUGGACUUGUGGCUGUCCGCCAUGCCCAGACAGCAGCAGCUCCAGCUGCUGAGCCCAGGAUAAAGAAGUUCCAGGUGUAUCGCUGGGACCCAGACACUCCAGGAGACAAGCCUCGCAUGCAGACCUAUGACAUCGACCUCAACACGUGUGGGCCAAUGGUUCUGGAUGCCCUCAUCAAGAUCAAGAAUGAGAUGGACAGCACUCUAACAUUCCGCCGUUCCUGCAGAGAAGGUAUCUGUGGAUCCUGUGCGAUGAACAUUGGCGGGGGCAACACACUUGCCUGCCUCAACAAGAUCGACACCAACACAAGCAAGCCCACCAAAAUAUACCCCCUGCCACACAUGUAUGUCGUUAAGGAUCUGGUGCCUGACAUGAGUAACUUCUACGCCCAGUACAAGUCCAUCGAGCCCUUCCUGAAGAGGAAGGACGAGUCCAAGGAGGGACAGGAGCAGUACACGCAGUCCGUCGACGACAGACAGAAAUUGGACGGCUUGUACGAGUGCAUUCUGUGCGCUUGCUGCAGCACCAGCUGCCCCAGCUAUUGGUGGAAUGGGGACAAGUACCUUGGACCUGCGGUUCUCAUGCAGGCCUACCGAUGGAUGAUUGAUUCCAGAGACGAGUUCACGGAGGAGCGUUUGUCCAAGCUGCAGGACCCCUUCUCUCUGUACCGCUGUCACACCAUCAUGAACUGCACCAAGACCUGCCCCAAGGGGCUGAACCCUGGAAAGGCGAUAGCUGAGAUUAAAAAGAUGAUGGCGAUGUACAAAGACAAGAAGACUGCUACAGCUUAAUCCAUUAAAGCUUUUAAACCCCAAUGCUCCCUAAAUUAUAUUAUGAUUACCACAAAGGAGUCUGACAUAUUCAUGAAAAGUUCAGGGUUAUCAUACCUCUGUGAUACUCUGAUAUGCUGCACUGAAUAUCUGAGGUUCUAUGUAUGCUGACCGUGUAUUUUGCAGUAUUGAUGCUGAUUGUGUGUAUUAUUGUGCACAUGAAGAAUGGGAUGCUCCAUAUUACUAAUCAUUCUCAUGUGCUGCUCAUGCUUAUUCAAAUCUCUUUUCAACAUAUUGUAUGAUCCUUAAGAUCUGCUACCAUACCAGCUGACAUUUGUUUGAUGUAAAAUAAAUCGUUAUAAUGUUU